CGUAUUCCGGCCCUAUCAAUGUGCGGGGCCGGGAAGGACGUCAGCGGGCCUAUUCCCUGCGUCCGCCAGUCCCGCCACAGAUUCACUUGGGAUCCUCAAACAGAUGAGCCGGUGGAGACGAGGGAUCAAGGCGGCCGAUUAGAGCCAAUUGCCUGCUUCAGGGACUGCCAGCCCUUCCAGGCCUAGCAACAGGGGAGGGAGGGGAAAGAGGAACCCAGCUUCUCUGCGGGAAGACACUGAAGCCAGAGCGACACCCCCCUCCCACCCUCCCCACCUUGCAGCACAAGCUUUGAAAAGCUGCUCUCGCAUCUGAAUGGAAACUCAGAACCGCCGGGAGGCGCGUUCCUUCUCGCCCAGCCUUGCAACCUAUGCCGAGGGGAAGGUGGUGCGAGCCAGCGCCCAGCUCCCGGGACGGGGCCAGCAAUGCUGCUGAGCAGAACUUGACUGAGCCCCUUCCUCGCUGCUAGUGGAAGCGAUGCUGCAGGGUACAGCCAGCGCUCCCCCGGCUCUCCUUCAAGCUGAAGGUUACCCACCCGCGCAGCCAGCCCCAGCCCUGUGAGUGCCGCGCUUCGGUCCUCGCUCCGGCUGCUCGGCGCAGGGCAACGACUGGGCCGCCCGCGCCGGGGCGCACUGCACCAGAGGCUUCGGCUUGGUGGAUGUGUAUGCAUGAGUUCUGCACCGAAUGGGCGCAAAAAGCGCCCCAGCCGGUCCACCCGCUCCUCGAUCUUUCAGAUCAGCAAGCCCCAGCUGCAGAGCGGGGAGUGGGAACGCAGGGGCAGCGGCUCCGAGAGCGCCAGCAAAACCCAGCGAACCCUGGACGACUGCAAGAUGCUUGUCCAAGAGUUCAACACGCAAGUGGCCCUGUACCGAGAGUUGGUCAUUUCUAUCGGGGACGUUUCGGUCAGCUGCCCCUCACUCCGGGCGGAAAUGCACAAGACAAGAACCAAAGGCUGUGAAAUGGCCCGUCAGGCGCACCAAAAACUUGCUGCCAUCUCAGGCCCGGAAGGUGGUGAGAUUCAUCCAGAAAUCUGUCGGCUUUAUAUCCAGCUGCAGUGCUGCUUAGAAAUGUACACAACAGAGAUGCUAAAAUCCAUAUGUCUGCUGGGGUCUCUUCAGUUUCAUCGAAAAGGAAAGGAGCCUGGAGGGGGAACCAAGAGUUUGGAUUGCAAAAUUGAAGAGAGCACUGAACCACCUGCUCUAGAGGACUCCGCUUCAUCCCCCGUAGAUACGCAGCAGCAUGCCUGGCAGGUUUCCACAGACAUUGAGAACACUGAAAGAGACAUGCGAGAAAUGAAAAACCUUUUAAGCAAACUCAGGGAAACUAUGCCUUUACCAUUGAAAAAUCAAGAUGACAGCAGUCUUCUAAAUCUAACUUCCUACCCUCUGGUUAGAAGACGGAAGAGAAGGUUCUUUGGGCUAUGUUGUCUCGUCUCCAGCUAGACAAUUCCUCCUGGAAACCCACCCCAGGGGAGACCUGAAAAAACAACCACAGACGCCGAGGACCUCCAGACAGCUGAACCACAGUUAUUGGUUUCUGACUAUGUUUUCUAUGCUUCCUUAUUACUUCUAUCCGCCUCUCUCUACCCUUUUAAAUGAUUUUACAUUUGAAAGUAGCUGCUGUCAAGGGGAAAAAAACAACAACACAGAUUCAAAAAGCAGGCUGUUUUUAAAAGGAUUUUUAAAGUCGACAGUGUGCAUGUCUGCUCCAAACCAUACCAUGACAGAUGCAAGAAUUAUGAUUUUUAAAUUAUUUAAAGGUCUUUUAAAAAGGAUUAUACAGAGAAAAAUCAUUUCAUGUAUACUAGUAACCCUAUAGCUCUUGCUGAUCUCAUGUUAACAAUUUAUCUUAUGUGGAAGAAGUCUUUAAACAUAGAAAUCCAUUUAAAACUGCAAAACUGUGUUAAAAUCCAAUCUAUCAAUAUCAUUAGAAACAAUAUAAGCAAACACACCACCUCACCUAUUGCUUUCUCUGCUUUCAUUUACAUUUAGUCUUCCAUUCCGUCAGAAUCUAAGAGCUUCAACAGAAAAAUCUCUUAAUUUAUAAUGCAGCAAAGACCAUAUAUGAAAAGUGUUUAAAUUUUGUAAAUACACAAUAAUCCUAAUACCUUCGUACAAUGCAUAUGGGCAAUUAAUUUCCUUUCGAUCCAAUGGUGUCUUUUUCAGCUUCUUGGAGAAUGAAGUAAUCCAGUUAGGAAAUGGUGUAGUAACAUAUACAAUUACCCUCAAAUGUAAAAUUUGAAUAUUAUGACAUUUUGUUCUAAUUGAAAUCUGAAGCAUGAAGUCUGCGCAUCAGCAUAGUGUUAACUCUUUAGGGCAUGCUGGAAUUAGCUCAGAUCGUAAAAAUAUUUAACAUUUUACAUUGUUAAUAAAAUCUUUUCAGUUCAGCUAAGCUUGUCUCAUUUUAGAUGACUAUGCAGAUAUGACUUUUCCAAUGUGUACUCGGUGUCUUAUCUUAUGCAGAUUUCUGAAAGCAGGUACAUGAAGCAAUACUACAUUUUAGAAAGGAGGAAGCCACGUGCUGUUUUUCUGCUCACAGCUUUGUUGUGAUCUUCCUCCACUAAACUUGUAACAUGGUACACAUGUUGUUAUAUUCCCCACUGUUCUUUCUUUGGCCCAUUUCUCAGACAGAAUUUCCCAUAGGUUGGCAGAUCAGGCCUUUGGACUUCUUUUCUUUUUACCAUAGUCUGAAAAAUCCUGAAGUCAGACAAGAGGCACCAGUGUCUGGUAUAGUAAAAGGAUGAGCAAGAUGCCUAUAAGUGGUUUAUUCAAAGCGCAUCUUUAAUCCCAACCCUAUAAUUUCUUCCUACUUAUGAACACAGGCAUUUACAUGUCCACCAAUAUUUUGACCUGAAAACUAAGCAUAUUAAAGCCUUUAGCUUUAUUGAAGAUGAAGACCAGGUACAGACAAGUUACUGGAAUAAUUAGUGUAUUAGGCUGAAUUAUAUGAAAUAGCUGAUAUUUGACUGUUUUGACCUGAGAAAUGGCAAUUUCAUAUAGUUCAACAUAAUAUCUAGUGUUGUGGAAAUAAUCUUUGGAAUUGUCUUCUAGGUUUUCCAGGUUGAAAGGAUUAAAGGGUUGGAAGAGAUCUCAAAGGCUAUGCAGGUCGCUGUGUGGAUCACACCAGCUGGCUCUUGGCCUUAUUUGUGGAGUCAGAGUUGUGUUCCAAUGAACUGGUAAUGGAUGCAUGAUUAUAGGUAUGCUUGGCUUCAUAUAAAGAAGUACCCUCAAAAAUUACCCGAGAAAAUCACAAUUUUCUGAAUCAAAUACUUGUAAAACAAAACAGUUGUGGGGAUAUGCUAUUUAAAAGACACCUCGGGUGAGUACUCCCCUGCAAAGCGGGUAACCAUUCCCAGAUUUACCUGGUCUGCAAACCCUGGUUUUCAUAAAUGAGGUUUGAUUAAAGCUUAAUGUCUUUUCCCGAAUGUGGUUCAUUUUUAUCCCCUGGAUCAUUGUUUUAGAGAUUAUGAAGUAGCCUAAUUUGGCACGUUCUCUCUCCCGUCUCUGUCCUCUCCCAUCUUUCUACUAUAUUAAACCCCAGCUUCAUUCUAGUUCCUACUAAUCCAUGCGCAGUUAUUAACGGAUAACUCUAACCUUGGUGUUCAGCACGUUCUUCUAAAUGCCUGGCCUAAAUCACUUCUGCUUGGUUAAUUUGUGCUCACUCUAGCCUUAGUCUCUUAGUCUCAGCGUAAAAGUAACACUUAACUUCUGUGCAAUUGUGCUUUGUACAACUGAAGACUGUUAAUCAAUUCAGGUCUCACCUCCAUGAUUGGGAGGACCAUAGUAGCAUUUCAUGGAGAUGGGAAUUUGUCUAAUUCCCUAGCUAGGCUUUUCAUACCUAAGGUAAAUAAAUGCAACCACUUUAUCUUCUAUUCAUAGUGCCUGUUUCCCAGCCUUUGAUCAGUUUUGUAGUUCCCUUAGACACACUCCAAGAUUUAUAGAUCCUUUUUCAGUGGCAGGUCCUAAAAAUUAAAUUCAGUCCUCAAAGUCCUGAUAACCUACACUGGCUCAUAGUUGCAACAGGUAAUUCACCGUCUCCCAUUAGAUAUGCCAAUGCGUCUCUUUAGGAGCCUGUCCCCCUGUCCUCUCCCCACCAAAGGACUUUCUCAGGUGUAGUUCCAUGAGAUAGAGUUCUAAUGUCUCAGCUUCCUGCUGGCAUCUGCUUCCAGAUUAGCAAUAACACUGAGCUGAUCUCUAGGGAUAAGGAGAGAACCUUGAAUUCAUUUUGUUGCAUGUACUCACAUGCUUGAAAAAGAAAAGGAUGUGAGCUUCUUCUGGCACAAAAUCUUCCAUUUUACCGCCAUAUUGUUAAUGCCCCAUGCUGCCUUCUCUUUUUUAUUUUAUGAUUAUGAGGCAUGUUCUUUGCAGGAAAUCUAAAAAAAAUACCACUAAGUAUAAAGAAAAUAAAAAUCACCCAGAUCCCGCCACGGUCACAUUGUUUAAAUCCACAUUUCUAGGCGUUGCAUCAGUCAGUGGUGGGGCCCACAGGCACUUUUGGAUAAGGUUUGUAAAGAAA